AUGGAUACAAAAAAACUUCCCGAGAGGUUCUUCAGGAAGAAGGCAGAGGCCUUCAACCGAAAGGUUAAAUAUGCUAAACAAAGUGUCACUCAGGUAGCGGCACUACACAAUGUUUUGCCUGGCUAUCUUGAGAAGGAACGUGAAAAUGAGAUAAUCACUCAAGAUGCUAUGUUGAAAGAAGUUGAUAUUGGUUCCGCAACUAAGCGUUUUGAUGUUAAACUACAGUAUGGACCGUAUGCGAUUGAUUAUUCACGAAACGGCAGAUUCUUAGCCCUGUGUGGUAAAUCAGGUCACAUAGCGGCAUUCGACUGGAUGGUGAAGAAGCCUCUUUUUGAGAUCACUGUCUCUAACGAAUGCAAGGAUGUUAAGUUUCUUCAUCAAGAAACGUUCGUUGCCGUUGCAGAGAAAAGAUAUGUUUCCAUAUAUGACAAUCAGGGCUUAGAAGUACAUUGCUUGAAAAAACUGAAUGGGAUAUUACGAAUGGAAUUUCUCCCGUAUCAUUUCCUUCUGGUGUCUUCCGCUGACAAUGGAUUUCUUUAUUACCUAGACUGUUCUAUUGGUACGAUUGUCGCUUCAAUACCUACAUAUAUGGGGCGCCUUGGUGUUAUGUGUCAAAACCCUUCUAACGGAGUUAUUUGCACAGGACACAACGAUGGUGUUGUGUCUAUGUGGGUACCUUCAGAGAAGUCAUACGUUAUCAAAAUGUUCGCACACCCAACUGCCAUUACUUCGAUUGCUUGCGACCAAACUGGAAGCUACUUGGCAACCUGUGGAGUUGACCGAAAACUAAAGAUUUGGGACUUGAGAUCCACUUAUGAUCCUCUUUCCGAAAUCUUGCUGCCUAUGUCUGCUUCAACAAUUAAUUUCAGUCAGAAAGGUUUAUUAGCAUUGGGUGCUGCUAAUACCGUACAGAUUUUACGUGACCCCCAUUCCAUUCCACCGUCCAAUGCAUCAAAAAUCUUUGAAGCCAUUUCACCUAAUGUUAACCGACGAGUAAUUUCGAAUGCUUAUCUUUCUCACUAUGCGGUUCAUCCAGUUUAUCGUGUACGAUUUUGUCCUUAUGAAGACGUUUUAGGAGUAGGUAGUUCCGCUGGGAUUUCAUCCAUUCUUUGUCCUGGGAGCGCAGAACCUAAUUAUGAUGGUUUAGAAGAAAAUCCUUUUGCCAAUAAACGUUAUAGGCAAGAAAGGGAAGUUAAACGACUUUUGGAUAAGAUUCCAUAUACAAUGAUUUCAUUAAAAUCAAUCGUUGGUGAAGUUCGUCGUGAAGACAUUUUAGAAGAAUGGGAAAAGAAGAAAGCUGUAUUACUUGGACAAGUUCCCAAAGUCGAUACACCUGCUAUUAAACGAAAUAAACAAAAAGGUAGAUCAAAACCUGGCCGAAUCGAGGCAAAAAAGCAAAAUAUACACUUUGAACGUAAAAUGUUUACUAUCAAAGAAGUUUUAGGUGUACGGGAAGCGGAAGAGAAGUUACGACGAAAAAUUUCUUACAAAAAAUUCAAUGAUAUAAGCACAUUACCGAGACCUAGUGAAGCUUUAGUAACAAAAAAGAAAUUAUCGAAAAGACGCACAAACACUGCUCUUGAUGUGUUGAUUCCACCAAAAGAAUUUUAAUCUUUAAAUCUUAAUUUCCUUAUCGUUCUCUAACUAACUGUUUGUCUUCAAGUUCUUUUCUUAAAUUUCCCACUAAACUUUUUUAAAAUCAAC